GCGAAAAACCUGCAGCCGCGGGAGAACAACGGACCCAAAAAGCUCAGAAACGGCCCCGGAAGCGCCUUGGGGUCCCCCCCCACACCCCCAAAAUCGCUCACUUUUACCCCAUUUCCCCUCCCGCCAGCCUCCGAGGGAGGAGCAGCGCAGGGAGGAGUCUUGGCGGAGGCGGGUUGGGGUGGGGGGGGGGUUCAACCGGCCUCGCCUUCCUGCUUAAGGAACGCUUAAUAACAUACAUUUAUCUUUUGUAGAUUUUACCCAAAAGCGGCGAGUUUGGGAGCGCCCCCCCCACCCCGCAGCGAGGUACCGCAACGGGAGGGGACGCGGCCGCCGUCGGGCCGCGCCUUUCGCCCCGCGGCACCUGCCGGGGCACCAGGUACCCGCUGCCCUCCUGGAAACGGGGUGAAAAGAGGCGAUUUCUGUCCUGCUCACCCAAAAAGUGAUGGCGGAGGAGCCCAUUGUGCCGGUGUACUGCACCGGCGUUUCGGCGCAGGUCCAACGACAACGGGCGAAGGCGUUGGGCUUGGGUCAACACGAGAACGCGGUGCGGUACCUGGGGCAGGACUACGGGCGACUGGUGGAGGAAUGUCGUCGUUCCGGAACCUUCUUCCGCGACCAAACCUUCCCGCCGGUUCCCGCUUCCCUCGGAUUCCGCGAACUCGGUCCCGGCAGCGCCAAAACUCACGGCGUCCAGUGGAAGAGGCCGACGGAGCUGUGUCCGCGCCCGCAGUUCAUCGUGGACGGCGCCACGCGCACCGACAUCUGCCAGGGAGCGCUGGGUGACUGCUGGCUGCUGGCAGCCAUCGCCUCCCUCACGCUCAACGAGCCCCUCCUUCACCGCGUGGUGCCGCACGGGCAGAGCUUCCAGCACGGCUACGCCGGCAUCUUCCACUUCCAGAUCUGGCAGUUCGGCGAGUGGCUGGACGUGGUGGUGGACGACUACCUGCCCACCAAGGACGGCAAGCUGCUCUUCGUCCACUCCGCCGAGGGCGCCGAGUUCUGGAGCGCCUUGCUGGAGAAAGCCUACGCCAAGGUGAACGGCUGCUACGAGGCGCUGUCGGGCGGCAGCACCUCGGAGGGUUUCGAGGACUUCACCGGCGGCGUGACGGAGUGGUACGACCUGCGCAAACCCCCCGCCGACCUCUACCAGAUCAUCCUCAAGGCGCUGGAGCGCGGCUCCCUUCUCGGCUGUUCCAUCGACAUAACGAGCGUCUUCGACAUGGAGGCGGUGACGUUCAAGAAGCUGGUGAAGGGCCACGCGUACUCGGUGACGGGGGCCAAGCAGAUCAACUACCGCGGGCAAUCCCUGGGCCUGAUCCGUAUGCGCAAUCCCUGGGGAGAAGUGGAGUGGACGGGGCCCUGGAGCGACAACUCGGCCGAGUGGAACGCGGUGGAGCCGGCGCUGAGGCAGCAGCUGAUGGUGAAAAUGGAGGACGGUGAAUUUUGGAUGUCCUUCCGGGAUUUCCUCCGGGAAUUCACCCGCCUGGAGAUCUGUAACCUCACCCCGGACGCUCUCCAGUCCCGCAAAUUCCGCAAGUGGAACACGCGGCUCUACGACGGCACGUGGCGGCGCGGCAGCACGGCCGGCGGCUGUAGGAACUACCCCGCCACUUUCUGGAUAAACCCGCAGUUUAAGAUCCAGCUGGAGGAGGUGGACGACGACGGGGACGAGGGCGGCGGGCGCGAGCCCGGCUGCAGCUUCCUGCUGGCGUUGAUGCAGAAACACCGGCGCCGCGAGCGCCGCUACGGCAAAGACAUGGAGACCAUCGGAUUUGCCGUCUAUGAGGUUCCUCCGGAGCACGUGGGGAAAUCGGGCGUUCACCUGAAGCGGGAUUUCUUCCUGGCCAACGCUUCGCGCGCCCGCUCGGAGCAGUUCAUCAACCUGCGGGAGGUGAGCACCCGGUUCCGGCUGCCGCCGGGGGAGUACAUCGUCGUGCCUUCCACCUUCGAACCCAACAAGGAGGGAGAUUUCGUUCUCCGCGUCUUCUCCGAGAAAAAAGCCGGCACCGAGGAAAUGGAUGACAAGAUCCAGGCGACGCUCCCGGAUGAGGUGAGAGGCGGUGGGCGACCCCGUAGGGUGUCGAGGUGUCGCCUUUUUACCAAAACAGUCGGUUUUUUUGGUUUUUUUUCCCCUCAGAAAGUGCUUUCCGAAAGCCAAAUCGACGACAACUUCAAACAACUCUUCAAGCAGCUGGCGGGGGCGGACAUGGAGAUCAGCGUCAGGGAGCUCCAGACCAUCCUCAACCGGAUCAUCAGCAAACAUAAAGAUCUCCGGACCAAAGGCUUCAGCAUCGAGUCCUGCCGCAGCAUGGUCAACCUCAUGGACAAAGACGGCAACGGGAAGCUGGGACUGGUGGAAUUCAACGUGUUGUGGAACAGAAUCCGCAACUACCUGGCCAUCUUCCGCAAGUUCGACCUGGACAAGUCGGGGAGCAUGAGCGCCUACGAGAUGCGGAUGGCGCUGGAAGCGGCAGGCUAUAAAUUGAACAAAAAGCUCCACGAGCUCAUCAUCACCCGCUACGCGGAGCCCGACCUGGCCAUCGACUUCGAUAACUUCGUGUGCUGCCUCGUGCGCCUGGAGACCAUGUUCCGGUUCUUCCAAGCGGUGGACGUGGACCAGGACGGCGUCGUCACCUUUGACUUGCUGCAGUGGCUACAGCUCACCAUGUUCGCCUGACCAGCCCCCCCGCCCUCCAAGUGCCUUCGCAGCGGGAGCCGACGACAAGAACCGCGACGGUUUUUCCCUUUUUUUGGUUUUUUUUAGCAUAAAAAGAAGGGGGAUGAGGGGUGUGUGCGCGCGCGCAGGUGUUGCGGCCACCCCCAAACCGGGACACGGGGCUCCCCCCCGCGCUUUGCCAAAGAAACACCCCCUUUCCUCGCCUCUCGCACGGCCGUUUUGGGGGAAAUUCUCACUUUUUUUGUGCCUCUUUGAGCCCACGGCGGGGGUGACGCCGGCUCUGAGCCGACUGCCGGACCCCGCGACGCGGCCGCCAUCACCUCUCGCUUCCACGCUCUUUCCCAGCGCCUCCGUCAGGGAUCUUCCGCCUACCGGGUGCCAUAAGGGUGGUUUUUUUAAAAAUUGUAUAAAUUAAAAAUAAGGGGGAAAAAAAAAAAAACAACAACUCAAGAAAUAUUAAAACCAAAGCUUUUUUCCUGCUGGUUCUUUCCCCACCCCGCCGCUGCCUUCAGCUUCAGGCUUUGCCGCAGGGUGAAUCCCACCAGCCCCCCUCGACCCGCCGGGUGCUGAGGAGCAGCGCGGGCGCUCGACGCGACGCUUCCACCACACAGGUGCAAAAAAAACCCCAUAUAUAAUGUAUCGUUAGGGCUUAUUAUGGGGUUAUAAAUACAUAUAUUGGGUUUUUUGGGGGGUUGUUCUGAAUAAAAA